CCAACCACCAAUAAAUCCAAAGAAGUAGUAGAAUAAGUCAAACGUGUAUCAGCUGAGCUGGCUGCUGAUGUGAAAACUCUAUUUAAUAUAGUACGUGAUUUUAGAGCAUAAGAAUAGAUCAUUGGGAUGGAGAAUGACAUCCUCGUCUCUCUUGAAGAUUUAGGGUACCAAGGCCCUCUGUUGGAGGAAGGAGCUCUGGAUUCUGCUGUGAGCAGAGGAGCAGCUUCCCCUGAGUUUACUAAGCUUUGUGCCUGGAUAGUCUCAGAGCUUAGACUCUACUGCAAGCUGGAAGAGAAUGUCCACGCCACUAACUGUUCGAGCGAGGCAGAGGGCUUCCAGCUGGAGAUGAGUGGCCUGCUGUCAGAGCUCGCCUGUCCUUACUCUAUCCUCACCAGUGGAGACAUCACCCAGAGGUUCCUCAACAGGACCGACUGUCUGCUGCUCAUUACCUUUCUGGUGUCUGACUUGGAGGCGUCAAGGAUGAUCCUGGUAAAUAAGCCUGAAAAGAAAACCCAGGAUUCAGGCAGCCCCAUGUUCCAGGAACUGAAGGGCAUCUGCAUGGCACUGGGCAUGUCCAAGCCUCCAGCAAACAUCACCAUGUUCCAGUUCUUCAGUGGAAUUGAGAAGAAGCUGAAAGAGGCCAUAAGUAGAGUCCCACCAAAUCACGUAGGAGAGCCUUUGAUGAAGAAGGCCCUUGGACCUGUGCACUUGGAAAAAAUUGAAGCUAUAAACCAAGCACUUGUAAAUGAGUAUGACGUGAGAAGAAAAAUGUUGUUGAAACGUCUUGAUGUGACCGUGCAGUCUUUUGGUUGGUCUGACAGAGCAAAGACGCAUGCUGAAAAGUUGGCCAAAGUUUACAAGCCACUCCGUUCUGCUCUUGGCACCAAAAGUAAAAUCUCUUCUGCCCACCUUCUUGCUGCUCGACAAGACUUCUCCAAGAUCCUACGUACAAGCAGUGGCAAGAUAAGAGAGAAGACUGCUUGUGCCAUAAAUAAGGUUCUAAUGGGCCGAGUGCCAGACAGGGGAGGCCGACCCUGUGAGAUCGAGCCUCCUCCCCCAGAGAUGCCCUCCUGGCAGAAGCGUCAGGAUGCUCCCCAGGGCGGAGGACACUAUGGUGGGAGUGGGCAUGGAGGCGGCAGAGGGGGCUACGAUCACUACUCCCAAGGUGGCCGUGGAGGAUAUGAGAGAGGAGGCGGAGGAGGACAUGGAGACAGGGGAGGUAGAGGAGGAGGCGGCAGAGGGGGGAAGGUGCAGGGAGGCUGGGUAGACGGAGGUGGAGGAGGGAGAGGCGGUUACAACCAGGGCCACUAUCAAGAUGCAGGAGGACAUCAGGGGGGAGGAGGGCGAGGUGGUUACGGAGGAGGAGGGAACAACCAAGGAGGCUUCCAGGACCCUGGUUACCAUGGAGGAGGAGGAGGAGGAGGUUCCCAUGACAAUUACCAAAAAGAUGCAGGUUGGCAUCAGGAGAGAGGCGGCGGUCGAGGAGGUCGUGGGGGUAGGGGAAGAGGAGGCCGAGGUGGUGGUGGAGGAGGAGGAGGAGCAGGACAAGGAGGAGGCUGGGGAGGGAGAGGGGGGCAGAAUUUUAACCAAGGAGGACAGUUUGAACAGUUCUUCCAACAUGGCGGGCAGCACUACAACCAAGCUGGCUUUAAUCAAGGCAGACAGUACACUAGUUGAAGACUCCGUAAAGGGCAUCGCAGCAGAGUCUACUCAAAGAUCGACUCCUUAACAUGCGUGAACAGAUUUUAACUGCCUUAUCAUACAAUUUAGAAUUGUCAGCAUGUUUGAAAGUUGACAUAAAUGUUAAAUGAUGAUCUAGGAGAUACAUACCAUAUGUUUGGGAAUUAUUGUUUUAGUACAGAGGGCUGUAAUGUAGUCCCUUGCUUUUUCAUACUGGUGGGGUAAUGUUUUCUCAUCCAUGUCAACACUGUAAAUGGUUAGUCAGUUAGUUGGACUCUGCUGUUUUGACCUCAUUUUGACACUUAAUUAGCCUUAUGUUGUUUUUUAAAAGACAGGGAAAGGGUCCUAAGAUUUCAGUGCUGGUGCACCUACUGUGUAUCUGACAUUAGAAGCGCACCUUCAAAAUCCUUAAGUUUCAUUGAAUUUGGCAAUUACUUGAAAACCUCUUUAUCUUUCCAGUCUACAUUUUGUUUUCAGUAGAUUUGACUGGAAUCUCCUUUGUUACUUAUUUAAAAUGCCAUAUUGUACUGCUCAUGGAAGAUUGUGUGGAUACAAAUAUGGAUGUUGGAAGGUUUGCAUGGGUGUGUGAAUGAGCAAUAAAAUCUAAAAUGAGAACAUUA